CGGGAGAUCCCUCUGGUGAAGACGAGCGGACACUGGGGUGACAGCCGCGACUGCACGAGCAUCCGCAGACAACAAAAUAAGGACCGAGAUUAUUCUGCUCUUGUUUUGUUUUUUUUGUCCAAAUCCAUACAGUCCCGACCAGAGCCACCGUCUAGCCACCAUGUCUGUAGCGGGGCUGAAGAAGCAAUUCCACAAAGCCACUCAGAAAGUGAGUGAAAAGGUCGGAGGAGCAGAAGGAACGAAGCUCGAUGACGACUUCACUGAAAUGGAAAAGAGGAUGGACGUCACCGCUCGGGCAGUGAUGGACAUCAUCACCAAGACCACUGAGUACCUGCAGCCAAACCCAGCCACAAGAGCCAAGAUGAGCAUGAUCAACUCCAUGUCCCGCAUGCGGGGCCAGGAGAAGGGGCCGGGCUACACUCAGACCGAGGCCAUCCUGGGAGAGUCCAUGCAAAAGUUUGGCAGGGAGCUCGGAGAGGAGUCGACCUUUGGGCUUGCUCUGAUUGACGCUGGGGAAGCCAUGCGUGAGCUGGGGGAGGUGAAGGACGCUCUGGACAUAGAGGUCAAGCAGAACUUCAUUGACCCGCUGCAGAGCCUCCACGAAAAAGAUCUCAAGGAGAUUCAGCAUCACCUGAAGAAAAUGCAGGGUCGCCGUCUGGACUUUGACUAUAAGAAGAAGCGCCAGGGCAAGUUGGCAGAAGACGAGCUCAAACAAGCGCUGGAGAAGUUCGACGACUCCAAGGAGAUCGCCGAGCAGAGCAUGUUCAACCUGUUGGAGAGUGAUAUUGAACAGGUGAGCCAGCUGUCCGCGUUGGUGCAUGCUCAGGUGGAGUACCACAGCCGGGCUGCCGAGAUCCUCACACAGCUCUCCAGUAAGAUCGACGAACGGAUAAGGGACACUUCUAACAAACCGAGGAAAGAGUUCAUCCCUAAACCACGUACGUCUCUGGACUUCUCCAUCAGCGAGAACCACAAUGGAGGAAUCCACAGUGCUCGUUCUCCAGGGGCGAGGUCUCCAGCAAGAUCUCCAGCCAGGUCUCCAGCCCCCAUGGACCAGCCCUGCUGCCGCGCUCUGUACGACUUCGACCCCGAGAACGAAGGUGAGCUAGGCUUCAAGGAAGGCGAUAUCAUCACCCUGACCAACAAGAUCGACGAUAACUGGUAUGAGGGGAUGCUGCACGGCAACUCGGGCUUCUUCCCCAUCAACUACGUGGAUAUCCUGGUGCCACUGCCCCACUAGGACGUCACGACGUGACAAAACGAAUCCUGGCCUCCAGUUCUUUCCCCCCUGUAUUUCCAGUAACCCCCUCCUAAACAUUCCUUCUUACCACCUGCACUCAAAACAGCAACAACACAAUAACGAACGGAGAUACGAACGAGACUGACAGCAGAUAAACGCAAGCAUGCACCGAUUGGGUGUAAAAAAAACGUGAUGAGAAAAAGUGUAUGUCGUUGCUCCCCCUUAUCCCAGGAGGCACCUUCAGGCCUCCAUCGUCACCGGUUCUGUCCCGGCUUUCGUCUCGGUUUAAGUCGGCUGUCAGUCCGUCAUGAGUUUAUCGGGAUACGUUUGCAAAUUCACACUUAUUUAUGCGGAAAACCAUUACAUUAGAUGGUAGACACUUUUUUCUCACAUACUAGGAAAAAAAAUUGGUCCACGUUCUACAUGUUUGUUAGAGACUCUAGGUCAAGCAUGGUUUCAAGUGUUUAACGUUUAAUCUUCUAUAUAAAAAAAAAAUAAAAAAAGAUAUGUUGAGCCGAUUUCGUUUUAAAUACUUUUUUUUUUUUUUAACUGUAGUCGUCUCUUUGCGUGCUAAGGCCGUUUCUGGAGAAACCACGUCCCUGUCAUGCUCUAAAGAUUCCGUCCGGAAGGAAACGGACGUCCUCGCAUUUUAACUCGUCAGUGUUUUUAGACAGAUUCAUGUAGUUGAGGAUUUACAACCACGAUAACUCAGUGUUUUUAUUUUCUUACAUAUCAACACUUGUGCAUGACCCAUCAUGUGUGAUUUAGAUACCAAAGUAACCUACAAAAACCUGUAUUAACUUAAAAGCAAGGUGUCAGUAAAUUUGUUUCCGACGCAAAAGGGGUGAAGCGAUCGUGAAUUCUUAAGUAUGUGACAUUACAUAUCUGAGCCAGUUAUUAGUGAAGUGAUGUAUGAAAAAUGGUUUCAAUGCUCCAACGUGUAUUUCAUGAGAAACCUGUGUGAAAAAAAAAAAAAUGGUGGAUGUAUUGUGAUAUAAUAACUUAUAGGAUUUAACCGCUCGGCAACUCUUUUCUCUGGAGCUGAAGCUGUGGCUCUUUUUGCUGCAUUCCUACUAGUCCGAUUAGUAUUCUGUUAUUUAGCUGUCUAUAAGCAACAGAUUAAGAAAAAGGACAAAAAACUAGAUGUAGCCAACCAUGAUAAUGUUCGAGAUACUUUCUAACGAGGACAAAGGAGCGCACAAAUGGCAGAGUGUGAUGAGAAAGGAUUUUGUUCGGUUUGAGUGGAAAUGUUUUAUUCUUUGAAUUUAAUGCAACUUACACUAAAAAUAAAAAAUAAACCUUUUCGUAAUGAUGACGUAGGCAAAAAAAGGGGCCUCGGUAAAAUUUGUUCAAUAUUCCACGUUAUAUUUGAUUUUCCCUGACCAGCUAUUUGCUUGAAUGCAGUAUUGUGUGGGAUUUGUUUCUCUAAUUUAACUGAUAAUCUGGGAAUAAAAAAAAAAAAUCAAAAGUCAGCUGAGCGGUCAGUGGCCACAGUGCACGUUAUCCCCGAGGUUUUACUCUCUGCAAUGUCGACAAUGUAUUAACCCGCCUGCAAAAUAACCGGUGCGGCAAUAACUCUGGCUUUUCACCCAUCUCGUAGUAACGUUGCGCGUGGAUUUUGGGGGAGGGGCGUGUGUUUGGGUUUGCACACCGUACCUGUAAUGCACGGGGGCGGGGUUGCAGAGCACCUCCGAUGCUGACAGGCAUUUGACGUUAGGCUGUCUCUGACGGCGAUCAAUAUUUGAAGCAAACAUGGAUGUCUCUCUAAUCAAAGGACUAAUUCAUCGCAUUCAGUAGAAUUACAAUAACGAUGCAAAAUCAACAGAUAACCCAUAUUAAGUGUUGUUGUUGUGUUCUUUUUUUUUAAGGAAGCACAAGUUUAUCAGGCAGUAUACUUUGGCUGGGGAAGAGUCAAGGUACAGUUGGAAGAAGUCAUGUAUUUAUUUUCUGUUAACGGUGAUCCAACUCCUUCCCUCAUUUCCUCUUUCACUGUUUUUUAACAAUCGUGUGUAUCUUUGCCCUCAAUGAGGACUGUACAGCUUUUGUGUCUUGUUUUCACCUUGUGUGUAUAGUCGCUCAUCUACAGUAACGUAUCUUAUUUUUGUAACUGUGACAAAAGUAUACACAUACAGGAUAGAUGUAUAUAUACAGUAUAUUAUCCAGGAGCGAUGUGAGAGGAGGGAUUCUCUGUGCUGCACAUGAUUGUCUUUGGAUUGGGGUUUUUUUCUGUUUCUAUUUUAUUUUAUUUCACUGGAUUUUAAGACUGUAUGCUUGAUGUAAAGAAAAAAAAAACCCUGUGAUAAGUCAAUGUAAUUUAUUCAAAUAAAUACAAAGAAAUGUU